AUGUCCAGGGAGCAGCUCAACAGGACAGCGGCGAAGGAUGCGCGGUUAAAAGACCUGUUGUUGGAAAGAGCUGAACUGGAGUUUGUUCAAAUCAUCAUUAUCAUUGUGGUUAUAACUGUUAUGGUGGUAGUGAUCAUCUGCUUGCUGAACCAUUACAAACUCUCGACACGCUCCUUUAUCAACCGACAGAGCCAAAGCAGAAGACAGGAGGAAACUUUGCAGACAGAAGGGUGCUUGUGGCCUUCAGAAAGCUCAGUUUCACGACAGGGUGCUUCAGAGAUCAUGUAUGCUCCAAGGUCCCGGGACAGGUUUACUGCCCCAUCUUUCAUGCAGCGGGACCGUUUCAGUCGCUUCCAGCCCACUUACCCUUACAUGCAGCAUGAGAUCGACCUUCCUCCAACCAUCUCCCUCUCCGACGGGGAAGAGCCGCCGCCGUACCAAGGCCCCUGCACCCUGCAGCUCCGGGACCCAGAACAGCAGAUGGAGCUCAACCGGGAAUCUGUCAGGGCACCACCCAACAGAACCAUUUUUGAUAGCGACUUGAUAGACAUCUCAAUGUACAAUGGAGGCCCCUGCCCACCCAGCAGCAAUUCGGGCAUAAGUGCAACCAACUAUAGCAGUAAUGGAAGGAUGGAAGGACCACCCCCGACGUACAGCGAGGUCAUGGGGCAUUACCCAGGCUCCUCUUUUUUCCAUCACCAGCACAGCAACGUGCCUCCUUCCUCACAGAGGGGGAGCAGACUUCAGUUUCAGCAGAACCAUUCAGAGAGCACAAUAGUCCCCAGCAAAGGCCAGGAGCGGAAGCCAGGAAACCUGGUCUAAGGGAGCCAGCCGGGUGCGUUUGAACUGCAGACGAGGUGGCAGCAGGGUGGCGGAGGAAGACCCCUGAGCUGCGGCACACGGCGGUGUUAUGUGGUACAGACCAGUAAAACCAAACGUGCACACCAGGCCUUUCUUUCUGAUUCCUUUCAGGGGAAUUGCAUGCAAAGCAGAUGGAAAGAAAUACAAACUUCCAUUCAGUUUGUCUAUGAGCAGUGUUUCAGGGGA